CCCAAGCACCUCCGCAGGCCCCUCCCACCGCCUCCUCCCUCCUGCUUGUCCUGCAGCUGCAACAAAAAACCCCAGGCCAAACAAAACCCCCAUUUUCGUCCUCGCCGUCAUCAAUCUCCCAUUCUCCCCGGAGCGAAUCGCGAUCCUUCCUCUAGGUUAAGUGAUGAUACUGGACUUCGUCGACCUGUCCAGUGAUGAUGAUGAUGAGGAGAUGCUUGCCAGAGAAGAACACAGUGUUCACGGAAAAGGUCAUUCAGUUCAUUUGAAGGCAGAAAUUGUUGACUUGACUAGUGAUGAGGACAUUUUUGAAGGAGAGCACCUUGCUCAUGGACAAUGCAAUGCUGCUCAAGGCACAGCACUUCUUAAACAGGAGUUCUUCAGAGAUGAUGGACAAGCAGAAGCUGCCCAGUGCACAGUAAAAUUACAGAUGCAAGAACUUAGAGCAGAUGAUGGACAAGCUGAUGGUGCCCUGUGCACAGCAACGUUACAGAUGCAAGAACAUAAAGAAGAUGAUGGGCAAGGUGAUGCUGCCCAGAGCACAACCACAUUACAGAUGCAAGAACUGAGAGCAGAUCAUGCACAAUGCGAUGCUGUCCAGUGUAUAACAACGUUGCAGAGGCAAGAACUUAGUGCAAAAUUUGGACAAGGUGAUGCUGCCCAGUGCAUAGCAACAUUACAGAUGCAAGAACAUAAAGUUGAUGUUGGGCAAGGUGAUGCUGCCCAGAGCACAGUCACAUUACAGAUGCAAGAACUUAGAGCAGAUCAUGGACAAGGCAAUGCUGUCCAGUGUAUAACAACAUUGCAGAGGAAAGAACUUAGUGCAGAAGUUGGACAAGGUGAUGCUGGCCAGUGCAUAGCAACAUUACAAAUGCAAGAACUCAUAGCAGAUGAUGUACAAGGUGAUGCUUCUCAGUGCGCAGCAACAUUACUGAUGCAAGAACUUGGAGCAGAUUACGGACAAGGUGAUGCUGCCCAGUGCACAACCACUUUACAGACGGAAGAACUUACUGCAGAUGAUGGACAAGAUACUGCUGCUCAAUUCACACCAACAUUAGAACUUACUCAAGAUGAUGAACAAGGUGGUGAUGUGCCGUGCACGACAGCACUCAAAAGACAACAACUUAAUCCAGAUGAUGGACAAGAUGCUGUUGCCCUGUGUACAACAACAUUACCAAGGCAGAAAUCUAUUUCAGAUGGUGCACAAGGUGAUGUCCCUCGCAUCACAACAGCACUACAGAGGCAGGAAUCUGAUGCAGCUCAUGGAAAAGGCAAUGCAGCUCAGUGCACAACAUCACAUAGGCAGGAGUUCCUAGCAGCAGAUGAUAGCAUGCAAGAGGAUGUGCAUUUUAGAAAUUCAGCUGAAGCUACCACAUCCUUAUCAAGGACACAAGAAGGGAGUCACAGGGUAACUGGAUUUCUGAAUACGUCUUAUGCGCCGACUGUAGAACCAUUUUCCCGGCAAUUCUGGAAAGCUGGAGAGUAUGGAGUAGCUACUGAAGCUGCGAUCAACACUGGCCAAAACUGCUUACGGAUUCAUCCCAAGUUUCUUCAUUCUAAUGCUACUUCGCAUAAGUGGGCAUUUGGUGCUAUUGCAGAGCUGCUCGACAAUGCUAUUGAUGAGGUGAACAAUGGUGCAACCUUUGUGAAAAUAGAUAAGAUGAAGCAUUCUCCUGAUGGGGAUUAUGCAUUGGUGAUAGAAGACAAUGGAGGCGGCAUGAGUCCAGAAUCUCUUCGACAUUGUAUGAGCUUCGGAUUCUCUCAGAAAUGCACAACUGCAUCCAUUGGGCGAUAUGGAAACGGCUUCAAAACUAGCACAAUGAGGCUUGGGGCAGAUGCUAUUGUGUUCACAUGUACUAAAGAUAAUAGGAGAAUGACACGAAGUGUUGGAUUGCUGUCUUACACAUUCCUAACGAGAACUAAGUGCAAUGAUAUAUUUGUACCAGCGGUUGACUACGAAUUUGAUGCCUCAUCUUCAACUUUCAAGAGGAUAAUGAACUGUGGUGAAAAACAUAUUUCAUCUAAUCUAUCUACUCUUUUGAGGUGGUCCCCAUUUUCUACAGAAGGUGAAUUAUUGGAUCAAUUCAGCGAUAUGGAGUGCCAUGGCACAAAAAUCAUUGUAUUCAACUUGUGGUUCAACGAUGCAUUGGAAAUGGAGCUUGACUUUGACACUGAUAAACAGGAUAUUAUGAUCUCAGGAGCACCUGAGAUACGAGCAGGGCGCAAUACAGUAGAAAGGUUGACACAGAUGCAUGUAGCAAAUCGUUUUCGAUAUUCACUUCGGGUUUAUGCAUCUAUAUUAUACCUACAUGUACCUGAAAACUUUCAAAUCAUCCUGUGUGGACGAGCUGUUGAACCCCAUUAUGCUGUCAAUGAUCUCAUGUACCGCGAGUGUAUCAAAUAUCGACCACAAGUUGAAGUAACCGGGGAGGUUGAUGUCAUUACUACAAUUGGCUACUUAAGUGGUGCUCCACGACUUGAUAUCUAUGGAUUUAGUGUCUACCAUAAGAACCGUUUGAUACUGCCCUACUGGCGUGCAGGCUCAUUUAAUAGACAGAGAAGAGGCAUUGCUGGGGUUUUGGAGGCAAACUUCAUAAGACCUACACAUGAUAAGCAAGAUUUUGAGAGGACUGGACUUUUCCAGAGACUUGAGACACGACUAAAAGACAUGGCAACUGAGUAUUGGACUUACCAUUGUCAUCUGGUUGGUUACACUCAGGUGGCAAAAAGGCCUCCUCCAGCACAUUAUAUAUCAACUACUGCCGACCACGAUGAUCAUAACUUAGUAGCUCAAGCCACCACAAAUACUUGCGAUUACAAUUCAAGAGCCAGGGCAUCUGUAGCAUUGCACCCUUGUUCCAAUGGAUAUAACAUGCUAUAUCCUUUGCAUGUUGAUCUUGAUGCCUUGCCAGAUCAAAUGGACUGUGAUGCAUGCCCUUCGGCAAGCAUAAAUGUGGGGACUACAUCAUAUACACCACGCAAUGCGCCUCAACAAUCUGAAACUGAAUUAUGCAGACGAAGAAAGCCUUGCUCAGAGAUUUUCUGGAGAGCUCAAAAAAGGCGGAACACCAAUGUUUAUUCUGAUCAACCUGGAAGCGACAAUGGCACUGAGGAGGCAGAGGAAGGGUUCAGAGUUGUACUUGAUCAGAACACCAUGCUAAAGGAUGAGUGCUCUAAACUUGAGGCAGCAGGAAAGCUUCUGACAUCUAAGGCAGAUGAAUUGAGAAAGGAACUCAGCGUGUGGCGACGGGUGCACAGGAGCCUAACCGACGAAUUGCAAUUCUACAAUGGCCUUGAAGGAUUGCGUCGUGGUGGGCAUCUCAGCAACCCCGGCGUUGGAUUCAUAUAAGUGAUGGUGGAAAAUAGUGGCAGAAGGCCCGCAAGUAUUCUGGUAGUUGUGCCUGUAGUAGAUCUGGUAUAUAUGAUACUCAACCAUAUGCAGUGCAGGCGUAGGAGGAUAGCUCUAAGAUCUCAGACGAUCACUCUUAGGCCACACAUUGGGUGGAAGAUAUUUACAGCCUGUGUCAUUGCCCGGAGAGAUGUGAUGAAUGUUUACAUCCAGAUAUUCGCAGAUUUUGUGUUCAUGGGUCACGGUUGUGGGGCAAAAGGAUGGUGAUGGUUGCAUUC